CACUUUGACACAGGAUUACCAAGGUACACUGGGAAACAUAUCCUGGGAGGGACAUGCUACCAGAUGCCUACUGUAGAGGAAAUUAUAGAUUUUAAUGAACUUACAAAAACACGUAUGGAUUUAUAUGCAUGUACACAUUCGAGAGGGACCAAAGAACCCAAGACUCGGAAGGGGAGAAAGAAUGCACACGCAAUGCCUGCUCAGCGAAUCUCAAAAGAGGAACUAGGAGUCGCAUGACUAUUGUGUUGCAAGUGUAUCCGUUGGAAAAACCCAGAUGGUCUGAGAGAUUGUGUCACACAGCCAGUAUAAAUAAGGCUGCUUUUUCAGUGUUAGUUGUUGCGUCUUGAUAGAAGACUUUUGCGUGCAUCCCUGAAGGUAAUCAUUCUUCAGUCCAGCUUGCUGGAACAUAUAUUGCUCUAACUGCUUAGCUGUAUGAUGUUAACUUAACCUGCUCAUAGAAAGACAAGGUUAGUUAUUCAUUUGAUACUUGAACUGUGUAUGUUAAGAAAAACUUUGUGACUGAACCACUUAUACAGGACUGCCCUGUUAAGUUGGGAGAUACUGAGGUAUUAUAAUCUGUAACCUUUUCUUUUGUUGCUACUAUUAACAAUCAUUGUGUAACCAGUGUUAUUAUCGUUUGUAUAAAUAAACUUUCAUUUUAUAAAGAUAAAAGUGGAAUAGUUCUUUACCUCAGGUCACAAUACCAGUUCUAUAAGCAAUAGUAAGAGCUUUAGAGUAACUCUUGCGAGGGCAAGAGGUCACCAGGACUCCACGGAAGCAUCUCCACGGAGGAAGCAGGAUGGUGAAACAGCGGAAACAUCUGAAGAGGAAGUACCUAAAGCUGCGGAGGAAGCGAAGCAGCUUGGGAAUCGGGCUGUUGUCAGCGCUGACUAUGCUGGGAGCAGCAUUGUUAAUAUUGGGUCUGGGAUUAUCAGUAGAUAACGAGACAGAAGUGGUUAGCGUAUCCUCCUGCUCUGUUGUUGAGAAAUUAGUGUUAAAAAUAUGCUAUAAGCAAACAGUAAAUAUUGGUGGGGUGAAAUAUGGCUCGAAAAUGAUAAGGGACAUGUUUAAAGGAAUGAUAGAAAAUAUAGAUAAAUCAUUUUGGAACUGUACAGGGGCUCGGAAAAUAAGUGCUACGAAGGGGCCAGCUCUUUAUGGGGGUAAAGUAAUUAAGAAUAGUACCCGGUUGAGAUGGAAUAUUCUUGACGGUCAUAAUCAGACGCACGUAAAGCUAAGGGGCCUAAAGUACAAUCUCACUGAUAUCACUAAUUUGACGUUUAGUAAGCAUGUGUACAAAAUAUGGGAUAGUCCUGUUCUCCAGAUAACUGGGGUGCAGCAUUGGGAUUGUCUGACCAAGGAAAUUGUUACGGAGCACAGUAAUAAAUGGUUGGGUAAAACUGUUGAGGAUCAGUCGAUAGAGAUUGAAAUUGAUAAAGUUCCAGCAGAUAAAAGACAUAGCGGUAGAUCUGCCCCAGAGGGGGCGAAUUAUCAUAUCACGGACCAAACAUGGAAUAAUGAAGAUAAUUUGGACCCAGUGCAGGAAGGUUAUUGGCCCAAGGGCCUAAAUCCGCACGUUUUAAUAGUCGGUGUUUAUAAAAAUAAACCAAAGCCGGCCUAUGAUGAGUUAAAUUGGGUAACGUGCGAACAAUUGGUCAUGCCGAUAGGGAUGUGUGAGAGACGCAGUAAGUGCCCGUUGUUGACCAGGAACAAAUUUGUAAGUAGUAAACCGGAAAAUCAGUUUUGGUACAACAUUGACCAGCAUUGCAGAACUGAUUAUGGUAAGACGACCGCAUGGGUGUGUUAUCUAAAUAGCACCUCUAAAUGGGACUAUAAGGAAUUUGAGAAGCACGGUAAAGAUAUUAUUAAUCUGUGGCAUGAUUGGAUGAUGUUGCAGGAUCCGAGUAAUGACAUGGUGAAAAGGGAGAGUAGGCGCGAUACGUGGACGAUCAACGCCACCUUGUGGGCGAAUGGGGUAGGGGGAAAAAGGUUGCAUCCUCUGACCUUAGAUUAUGCGCCCAGACCAGGUCUGUCGAUAGAACUGGCAAAUUACUCGGGCAUUAUGGACUAUAUCUUGAGUAAUGUGACCAAUCAGCAAUACAGGUCCGCUCUUACCCUGUACUGUAUGGGCUGGGACGGAGUUCAUAGGAGUACACAUACAAAUCAAGGUAUUUGGGCAAACCAUAGUGAUGCUGUUAACAAGGGGACUUUAAGAUGGAUUGGACUUUCUAACCUUAUGUAUAGGGUGUGGGAUGUUUUUCCAGUGGUAAUGGGACUGGAUAAGACCACGACGCGUACUGUAAGCUGGAGGUCGUUCCAUAAUCAUCCGGCUAAUAAGAGUAUAUUCCCGAUUGUGUGGACAAGAUGGAAUAGAACCUUAGGGUUGCAAACCAGAACUUUAGCGCAUGGUUUUUGGAGUAGUAAAUAUUAUUUGCCGAUGUUGAAACCAUCGGAAAAGACGAGGUGCAACAAAUACUGA